CACUACUGAAAUUGAUGGCUAUGUCAUUGUCUAAGUCACUGGAAAAAAUAGUGAAUACUAUUUCUUCGACCUUGGGAAUCCUUUUGUGUAUAAUCUGAACUAAAUGGAUUAUGAAGGAGCUACAAAAAAGAAUAAACCAAACGUUUAAGUUGUAUAUUUUAGAGUAAUUGAAUUGAAUCGCUACCUCAAAAAAAAAGGCAAAUUGUCAUGCAUAAAUCUUUAAAGCAAAAAAACGAAUGGGUAUUUUAACAUCUAGACUACUGGAGAAAAUCUAUAUAGAGAGUAAGCAGGAGGAGUGAUUGUGGAUUUGCCUUUGAAUUUUUUGUAAAGUCUUUUAAGUUUUUAAGCAAAACCAGAAUUAUUUAAAGAGAUAAGCAAGUACUCAAGUUUCGAAGUCUUUUUGGGUAAAAAUGGAAGGAUUUGGAUUAAAGGCCAUGAUGCUGUUUUAAUAAAUUUUAUUAAAAAAAUGUGUACUUUAAUAAUUAGAUUAACAAUAAAUUUGAUAAAUAAAUUUUCAUCUUAAUUUUAGUUAUGA